AUGGGAGUUUGCCAGUCUCAAACAUAGGAUAGAAAAUCAUUAAGAAAAAAACAGCUUCAAAUAGUUAGUGAAUAAACAAUAUAAGAGAAAGUAAAAAGUAAAGAUAGCGUUCCCCGCCAUAAAACAAUGCCUUCAAUUCAUUGUAUAUCAAAAGAUAAACUGGUUUCUUGCAAGACAAUAAAUAAUUUGAAAAUAAAAAGAAAGGUUUAUGGAGAAGCGUUGGCUAAGUUUUACUCAGUUCUUAAUCCAUAUUAUGGAUAUAGAAGUAUGAAUGCAUUUUAUAUGAAAAAAAGACAAUGAUAAUAUGGGACUUGUUUAACAUAAUGUAACUGGAAUGGUUAGAGUGGCAAGAAAUAUUUUGAAACCAUCAGAAUAAGACUAAGAUUUCGAUAUACUGAUUACUAAUCUAUAAGAACAAAGCUUUGUAGUUUAAUUAUUUAUAUAUAGAGUUCUCUUCAUAUUGCUAAUAUAAUUGAGUUAUACCAAGAUUCUAAGAGUUAUUAUGCAAUAUAGGAAUAUUGCAGUGGAGGGUUACUAUCAGAUUUGUGUGGAUAGAUUAAAGAAGAGGAAGCGAUCUAUAUAAUAUCAUAGAUUUUAGACAUACUAGAGGAAAUACAUAAACAAAAUAAUUGUCAUGGGAGUCUUACUAUAUAAAGUUUUACAUUGCAUGAUCAAACAAACAAUCAUUAUAUUAAAUUGAUAGAUAUUAUUCCAAUAUUUUAAGUUAAAGAAAAAUCAAAAUUAAAUGAAAUGUAAAAAGCUGAUCGUCAAGCAGUUGGUCUUAUUUUAUUUUAGUUGAUAACAAAUAAAUCAAUUACAUCAUAAACAAUUGAAAUGAUCAUCAAAAAACCAAGAGAUCUACCUACAAAAACUGAAUGGUAUUAAUUGGUUGUAUUAUUACUUGAAUCAAGAAGUUUUAUUAUAUAUGAAUAAGUGUUGAAGAAUAAAUAAUAUAGAGAAAUAGUCUAAAAAUUAGAAGCUAGAUAUGCCGAAACUAUAAUCAAUAAAUCAGUUAAAAAGACAUCUUAUAUCUAAUAGAAAAUUCUUAUUAUUAUGAAUUCUAUUUUUUUCAAGGAAAGAUAAUUGUAAUUGGAGAAAAUAUUUAAAAAGAAUGAUGAAAACAGAAAUGGAACUCUUUCAAAGGAAGAACUCUAAACUGCUUUAGGUAUAGAAGAGGAUAUAAAUGAUUUAUUUGAAAAUAUGGACUGUGAUGGAAGUGGAGAAAUUGAUCUUGAUGAAUUUAUUCUUUAUUCUUGUGAUAGAAAAGCUUUAUUAACAGAUACUAAUUUAGAAGCUACUUUUAAAGAAUUAUAAAGGAAAGGUUUUAUUGUUGCUUCUAGUUUGAGUAGAUUAACAAAUUGCGAUGAAGAGAAGAUUGAUGAUUGUUUAUAAUAAUUCUGUAACAAUAAAAAAGUAAUUAUUAUUAUAUAUAGAUAUAGAUUAAUUAAGAAUAACUGAAAAAAUUGAUGAUGGAUUUGAUAUGA